UCAAGAUGCUGACUCGCACCGCACGGCUGACUGCGCGUGGCUUCAAUGCUUGCGCCAUGUUCUCUACUGUGGUGGAGGACGAAGUACGCAAGUUUAAUGCUGCAUCUUCUGAUUGGUGGACUCCCAAGAGCACGACGGGCGUAGGACCUCUGCAUCAGAUCAAUCCUGUGCGUGUCAAGUACAUUCGUAGCCAUGUGAUCGAGCACUUUGGUCAUACGACGGACGAAGACCCCAUGCCCCUACGCGGUCUGCGAGUGGCGGAUGUGGGCUGCGGUGGCGGAAUUCUGUCCGAGGCGUUGUGUCGCAUUGGAGGCACCAUGGUGUCUGCUGACCCUGGUGAGGACAAUAUCGCAGCAGCGAAGAAACACGCCGCUAUGAGCCGUCACACUAACACUAUCGACUACCGUCAGUGCACAUCUGAUGACUUGGUGGUCCAGGGAGAACAAUUCGAUGUGGUCUGCUCGCUAGAAGUUAUUGAGCACGUGUCCGACGUGUCUGCUUUCCUGCACUCGCUCACGCCUCUGGUGAAGCCGGGUGGUUUGCUGUUUCUGUCAUCGAUUAACCGCACAGCACUGUCUGCUGCGCUUGCUAUUGGCGCUGCAGAGUACGUGAUGCGAAUUGUCCCUCCAGGAACGCACGAUUGGAAUAAGUUUGUGCGGCCUGAUGAGAUCGAGACCGAGUUGAGGAAAAACGGAUUUACUGUGAAGGACGUGUCGGGUAUUGUAGGUGAUCCGAUAUUCCGCAGCUGGCGUAUUCACCCUACGUGUACGGAUAUCAACUACAUCCUGUGCGCCACCAAGCCUCAAGAGAAAUAG